AAUUGACGCUAGUUGGUUAUUGCUGCUGACACGACAUCCGAAACAAACGUGUAUAUGCGCUGGUUUCACGUUGUGCUGGCGCGAAUUUACCGGACUGGGAGACAUAAGUUGUCCUGUUUUUCCCCCGGAGUCCUUCAUUUAAUACCGAAAACCAAACACUGCACGGACAGCAGAUUAGAUAAUGGAUGAGAAGCCUGAAUUGGACCAAGACAUUAAAACUGAAGAGGAUGAGUCGUCUACUGCUCCUGGCCCAGGGUUUCUGAAGGUCGUAGUUAUUAAUGAAAAUGGAGAAGAGGAGGGAAAAGAAAGACAUGGAGGAGGAGAAGAAGAAAGAGAUGGAGAAGAAGAAGAGCAAAACGAAGAGGAGGUGUCUAGCAUUCAUGUCACAGGACUUGAGAGGGUGCUGAUCAUCAAUGGAGAAAGAGAGGAAGAAGAAGAAGAAGAAGAAAGUGAUAGAAUAGAAGAGGUGGAGGUGGAGAAGAUGUCUAGUGUUCCUGGCCCUGGGCGUCAGAGGAUUGAGGUCAUCAAUGGAGAUGAAGAGGAGGAGGAAGAAGAAGAAGAAAGAGAUGGAAUAGAAGAGGUGGAGAAGAUGUCUAGCGUUCCUGGCCCCGGGCAUCAGAGGAUGUCUAGCAUUCCUGGCGCUGGGCAUCAGAGGAUGGAGGUCACCAAUGGAGAAGGAGCGGAACAGGAAGUGGGGUCCACUGAAAGUGAGGGCCAAAGUGUCCAAUCUAAUGGAAGCCAGAAUGGAGAGGAGAACAGGAAAGGAAGACGUCGUCAAGCCAAGCCAUUUCCAUGCUCUAUUUGUGGAGAGCGCUUCACUGACAAGAUCAGACUCACAAAGCAUGAAAUGACUCAUAUUGGACAGAAAACAUUUCAAUGUUUACAAUGUGGGAAAACAUUUAACCAGAUUGCCAACCUGAAAAAACACCAGACAAUGCAUUCAGCAGAAAAAAAGCUGUUUCAAUGCUCUAAAUGUGAAAAGAAUUUUACACGAAUAAAAGAGCUCAAGCAACACAACAUUCAGGCCCAUUCAGGGCCGUUUAAAUGUCCUCUAUGCGGAAAAGGAUUUUGGCAAAAAUUGAGACUCAAUAUUCACCUGACGUCCCAUGUUGGGGAAGAACCGGUUGAGUGCGGAAAGACGUUAAGUCAAAAGGACGAUGUCAAGAGCCAUCAGGGAUCCGUCCAUAAAUCGUUUCAGUGCUCUGAAUGUGGAAAGGAGUUUAAUUACAAGAGCUGCUUGGAGAAGCAUCAGAUCAAGCACUCUGGUGCAAACGGCAACCAGAAACUUGAUGAAGGGGGAGGGCAAUCAGAGGAAAAGAGUGGAAAGAGUCUUGGUCCUGAGAACUCUCAGGAGAGCAGUGUGAAGAGGGCGAUGCCGUCCGAGGAGAGACGCUUUCAGUGCUCUCAGUGUGGAAAGAUGUUUAACCACCGGUCCAACUUGAGAAAGCACGAGGCAAUCCACUCAGGAAAAAAGCCAUUUCACUGUUCUGACUGCGGAAAGACAUUAGCACACGCAACCAGUUUCAAGGAGCACAAGAUGGUCCAUUCUGGGCACAUGAGAGCCCAUGCAGGGGAAAAAUCAUUUCAGUGUCCUCACUGUGGAAAGCGCUUUGGUAAGAAAAGCGGUCUCAAGACCCACCUUAUAUGCCUCCAUAGCACCACGGAAAAACCAUUCCAGUGCACUGUAUGCGAUAAGCGAUUCCAUUUCAAGAGGAAACUCAGCAUACAUAUGAGGACCCAUACUGGUGAGAAACCAUUUCUGUGCCCACUGUGUGGAAAGAACUUUGGUCACCAGCACGAUCUCAAAAAACACGAGAGACUCCAUACAGGGGAGAAACCAUUUCAGUGCACGCUUUGCGGAAAGACUUUUGCUCUGAUAAAUUAUCUCAAAUCCCACGAAAGGGUUCAUGCUAGGGAACAAAAUGUAUAAGUGCUCUCAUUGCUGAGUUUUGGUCACAAAAAUACUCUAAAAUAGGACUCUUGUCCCGGGCCGGUACUGGUUUGUUAUGAAGUUAUGUCUCUCCUCUGUACUUGUCUCUCUCCACUGACAGAGGGGAACAACUAAGUUUUUAACAGCACUAUAUUGUAUGUAAGGCUAAAUGUUUAGCAUUAAUCUUAUAAACCUGUUCACGUUGUGAGGAAAAAUAUUACUUUUGUAUAUAAUUGCAGCAUUAAGUAUGUAACUUGCCCUGAUCUUGUUAUUCCUAGGGAGAGGAGACUUUGGUGAGGAUGUGCACUCUGCCUAUGGGUUCACUUGAUAACUUCUUCUUCCUUCCUUCUUAUUCUCUUACUACUGUUUAUUUGUUUUAGCAAACGGUAACAUUCUCAGGGGGAGCAGGGCACAUUUUCUUUGGCAAGCCAUAUUUGUUGUCAAAGUAAUUCAGAAUUUCACUUCAAGUCAAGUGUACUUUAUUGUCAAAAAUCUCUGACACAUUCUCUGAUGCAUUCUCUGACGUGUUAUUUGAAGGAAAUGUCUUUUGGUGGCAUCCAAUCAACAGUAUUUUGUUUCUUUUCUAAAUAAAUGUAGACUUCCAUGAAUAGACCAAUGAUAUGUUUUCAAAGGGUGAAAUGUCUUAGAUAUGGAAUGGUAUUUCUCAUUGUGCACAGUACAUUGUACGGCAGGGGUAGGCAGUUAGGUUUGGGUGCAGGCCAAAAAUGUUUUCUGUCAAGGCAAGGGUAUCGCGGGUGGCAAUAAAUGU